CCCCAAACCAAACCCCCCCACCAAAUUUUUCUCUCUUUCCUUCGUUUGUAUUCUUCUUCUUACUUUCUCAUUCUCUGACUUGGUUUCCACUCCCCUCUCUCUUGCCCUGUUUUUCUUUUGGGCUUCUCUUUUGGUUUCUGAUCCUUGCCAACAAUGGAGGCAAAGCUGUUAAGACCCGCCUCUCCUUCCAUGUCCAUCCCUACUUGCUUCAAGCCUUCUUCAAAACCCAGUUACCUUUUUCAGCACCAAAACAGCCAAAAUUGCAGCUUCAGAUAUUUUAAUUCGAAUUUGUCAAAGCAUGGCAUUCAAUCGGUUCAAGCCUCUGCAACUUCCAUUGGACUGCCAAAGAAAGAAAGGAUUGAUGAGAGUGAAAGCUACACUCUAGACGGUAUAAGGCAUUCUUUAAUUCGACAAGAGGAUAGCAUCAUAUUUAGUCUCUUGGAGAGAGCUCAAUAUUGCUUUAAUGCCGAGACAUAUGACCCCAACACUUUCUUCAUGGAUGGGUUCCACGGCUCUUUGGUCGACUUCAUGGUCAAAGAAACUGAAAAGCUUCAUGCUCAGGUUGGAAGAUACAAGAGUCCUGAUGAGCAUCCUUUCUUCCCAGAUGACUUACCUGACCCAAUGUUGCCACCUCUGCAAUACCCUCAGGUUCUUCAUCCCCUUGCCGAUUCAAUCAAUAUCAACAAUAAAGUAUGGGAUGUGUAUUUUAGAGAUCUUCUUCCGAGAUUAGUGAAGGAAGGGGAUGAUGGUAACUGUGGAUCAGCUGCGGUUUGUGACACAAUUUGCUUGCAGGCUCUCUCGAAGAGAAUUCAUUAUGGUAAAUUUGUAGCAGAGGCUAAAUUCCGGGCUUCACCAGAUGAAUAUGAAGCUGCCAUUAGAGCACAAGACAAGGCCCAACUGAUGGAUUUGCUGACAUAUCCGGCAGUGGAGGAGGUGAUAAAGAGGAGAGUAGAGAUGAAAGCCAAAACUUAUGGGCAAGAGGUGAAUGUUGAUGUCAACGAAGAUGGGGCUGACCUGGAAUACAAAAUAAAACCGAGCUUGGUUGCUGAUCUAUAUGGGGAGUGGAUCAUGCCUUUGACAAAGGAAGUUCAAGUUGAGUACUUGUUGAGACGGCUUGAUUGAACGGAGGUCAGAUGAUUAGACUAAAUCAUAUAUAUAUAUAUAUAUAAACCUCUGAUUGCUGUUUGGGAUUAUAUACAUAUAAAUUAGCAUUUGGGACUGUCAUUCUGGAUAGUUACUAGUUGAUUUUGAUGUUUGUAUGUACAACAGGACCAUGGCAUAUUUCCCGCUCAUGUAAAAUAUGAUAUAUACAUAUAUAUAGUUUUGUAUAAAUUGGAUUGUG